UUUGAAAGCCCAUACCGGAAAUCAGAAGUAGGCUAUAUUUGUACGUGGGACGUGUUUUGCUUUACCUUCUGAGCAAGUGACAGACACACAGGAGGAGGUAGGAGAAGUUUUCUAGCUUCGCAUUCUCCUCUUCAUCAUGGAGGCUCAGGCACAUUUCACCCGUGAGGAAAUCAACAACACGGUGUGGGAAGUACCGGAGAAAUACACACGGCUCAGGCAGAUAGGGACCGGGGCGUACGGCUCGGUGUGCUCAGCAAUAAAUGAGAAGAAUAAAGAGAAAGUGGCCAUCAAGAAGCUUCACAGGCCCUUCCAGUCAGAGAUCUUUGCUAAGAGGGCCUACCGAGAGCUCCGACUGCUCAAACACAUGAAGCAUGAAAAUGUGAUAGGACUUCUUGAUGUGUUUACACCUGCAUCAGGCCUCAGUGAUUUCCAGGACUUCUACCUGGUAAUGCCUUACCUGUUUACAGACCUGUCAAAGGUGCGAGGACAUCUUUCAGAAGACAAAGUCCAGUUUCUCGUCUACCAGAUGCUUUGUGGACUCCGGUACAUUCACAAGGCUGGAAUCAUCCACAGGGAUCUUAAGCCUGGAAACUUGGCUGUAAACCAAGAGUGUGAACUGAAGAUCCUGGAUUUCGGGCUGGCUCGCAGUGCUGAUGCUGAGAUGACAGGCUACGUGGUGACUCGUUGGUACCGGGCGCCUGAGGUCAUUCUGAACUGGAUGCACUACACCCAGACUGUGGACAUCUGGUCUGUGGGCUGUAUCAUGGCAGAAAUGAUCAAUGGGAAAACCCUUUUCAAAGGAAAAGACUACAUGGACCAGCUGACUCAGAUCAUGAAAGUGACCGGCGUGCCUGGGCCAGAGUUUGUACAGAAGCUGGACAGUCCAGAGGCCAGAAACUAUGUGAAGGCCCUUACUCGCUAUCCCAGAAAAGACUUCUCAACGUUGUUUCCCAGAGCAAGUGCAGAGGGUAUAGACCUACUGGAGAAAAUGCUGGUUCUGGAUGGAGACGAGAGGCCUACAGCAGAACUGGCUCUGGAGCACUCGUACUUCGAAAAUCUAAGGGAUGAAGGUGACUUCCCUGAUCCUGCGCCAUAUGAUGACAGUUAUGACAAUGCCACAUUGUCCUUGGAUGAGUGGAAGCGAUUAUGUUUCAAAGAGGUGAAAAGCUUUGUGCCAUUCCCACGGCGGGAUUCGAAGAGGAAAAACACCCUGACUAUGUCACCGUAACUUGAUAAAUGUCAUGCCCCAGCCAACAGAAUACAACCAUUUGUGCCCUUGUAUAUACUAACCAUGGAUUCACUCUGCUUCUUUAACCCUGGAUAUCUUUAAAUUUUUAAUCUGUGUUCAGAAGAUGAAUAAUUUUAAAACUUUCACUAUUUUUUGUAAUGUGUGAUUAUUUCCUAAAUGUAGAUUGUCAUUCAGCAUUCCUUAUCAGUGAAUUGUCUUGCAAAUUUAUUGUGGCCAAAUGUCACAGACAGGGUUUUCUGUAAGAUUUGCUGUAAUAUUGUUUUCCAAUUAAACAAUAAGACAGUGUGUAUGAAGUAUUUUUGUAGUGCUGUGUCAAGAGAGAUUACAGUAAUAGUUCCUGGUACAACUCA